AUGGCUCCAAUCGCAUUGAACGGCACAAUGAACGAGGCGACAUUCAACAAACCCAGAGCGGCCCAGCCAGCGACAGAAGAAACCGGGGAAAGCAUUCGCCUCGCAGCCCGCUCAGGCAUCUUCACUGGACAAACUUCCGGAUCCGCACCGACGUACGUGCAAGCGAACCUCAUCGCCAUGCCGGCACGAUACGCCGGCGACUUUCGCCUUCUCUGCCAAAGAAAUCCCGUGCCCUGUCCAUUACUCGCUGAAUCCGAAGCCAUUGGCAGCUGGAGUGCACUAAAGUCACACGUAGCCGGCGUGACUGGCAGACAGAUUGCCGAAAACGUGGACCUUCGCCACGAUUUCCCAAGGUACAUGGUGUACGAGAGUGGCGUGCUCACGAAAUCUCAGUGCUUGAGCAUCGAGGCAGAAUGGACGGAAGAGCACGUCGGCUUCUUGAUCGGGUGUUCCUUCAGUUUUGAGUCCGCACUCGCUGCAGCAGGACUGGUUCCUCCACAUACGGCUCACGGAAGAAACGUUCCGAUGUAUCGAACGAGCCUCCCGCUGUGUCCAGCUGGCGUUUUCAGGAAUUCGACCUACGUGGUCUCCAUGAGGCUGUACCGGGAACAAGACAUUGAGCGGAUAAGGGACAUCACUCGUCCCUAUGUCGCCACUCAUGGAGAGCCCAUCGAUUGGGGCUGGGAUGCCGUGACUCGGCUCGGCAUCAAGGAUGUCACUCAGCCGGAAUUUGGUGAUAGUCCAGUUCUGUCUGACGGUGCCCUCCUUUUGAGAGACGUCAGCACAAACGGAGAGGAUGUCAUCCCUGUGUUCUGGGGAUGUGGCGUGACUCCGCAGGAAGCAGUUCGGCGAGCGGCGUUGCACGGCACUGUCCUAGGCCACGCUCCGGGACAUAUGAUUGUGCUAGAUAUCAGAGAUUGGGAUAUUCUGCCUGAGAGAUCCUCGUGA